UGUGCGCGGGGUGCGCGCUGCGCCUCGACGUCUCCAGCCAUUGGUGUCUGUGUCAUUACUAAUAGAGUCUUGUAAACACUCGUUAAUCACGUAAGGCCGCCGGCCUGGGGCUCCGCACUCCAGCCUGUGGCGGGUCUUCCCCGCCUCUGCAGCCCAGUGGGGAGGAGGUGGGAGGAAAGAAGGAAGAAAGGGAGGAGGGAGGAGGCAGGCCAGAGGGAGGGACCGCCUCGGAGGCAGAAGCGCCGCGAGGAGCCAGCGGAGCACCGCGGGCCGGGGUGCAGCCAGCCGCCGCUCUCGGCGCCCCCUCGCCCCUUCCCCUUCGCGCCCCCCGGCAGCCUCCAGCGUCGGCCCCCAGGCAGCAUGGUGAGGUUUGCCGUCGGGCCCUCGCCACCAUGUACGUGAGCUACCUCCUGGACAAGGACGUGAGCAUGUACCCCAGCUCCGUGCGCCACUCUGGCGGCCUCAACCUGGCCCCGCAGAACUUCGUCAGCCCCCCGCAGUACCCGGACUACGGCGGCUACCAUGUGGCGGCCGCGGCCGCCGCGGCCGCGAACUUGGACACUGCGCAGUCCCCGGGGCCGUCCUGGCCCGCGGCGUACGGGGCCCCGCUCCGAGAGGACUGGAACGGCUACGCGCCGGGGGGCGCCGCGGCCGCCGCCAACGCGGUGGCGCACGGCCUCAACGGGGGCUCCCCGGCCGCCGCCAUGGGCUACAGCGGCCCGGCCGACUACCACCCGCACCAUCACCCGCACCACCACCCGCACCACCCGGCCGCUGCGCCUUCCUGCGCCUCGGGGUUGCUGCAGACACUCAAUCCCGGGCCUCCCGGGCCGGCCGCCACCGCCGCCGCCGAGCAGCUGUCCCCGGGCGGCCAGCGGCGGAACCUGUGCGAGUGGAUGCGGAAGCCCGCGCAGCAGUCCCUCGGAAGCCAAGUGAAAACCAGGACGAAAGACAAAUACCGAGUGGUGUAUACGGACCACCAGAGGCUGGAGCUGGAGAAGGAGUUUCACUACAGUCGUUACAUCACCAUCCGGAGGAAAGCCGAGCUGGCCGCCACGCUGGGGCUCUCCGAGAGGCAGGUUAAAAUUUGGUUUCAGAACCGCAGAGCGAAGGAAAGGAAAAUCAACAAGAAGAAGUUGCAGCAGCAGCAGCAGCAGCAGCAGCCGCAGCCCCCACCGCCGGCACCACAGCCCCCCCAGCCGCCGCCAGGCCCUCUGAGAAGCGUCCCGGAGCCCCUGAGUCCUGUGUCUUCCCUGCAAGGCUCGGUGCCCGGCUCUGUCCCUGGGGUUCUGGGGCCAGCCGCGGGGGUGUUAAACCCCACUGUCACCCAAUGA